GGAAGUCUGCGAAAAGAGUGCAGACGAGCUUGGGGAAAGAGGCAAAACAACGGAGAAAAAAAGCAGAAGUAGAAAAAAGGGGUUUCGAGAACCACGAGGUGGCACCCAUGGUGCAACACACCGACACCAGCGAGACGGACGGCGGCAUGUCGCGGGAGGCGACGGACUCGGAGGAGAGUGAAUUCACGGCGUGCAGCCCCGUCGCCAUCAACCCGGACUGGUGCAAGACGGCCACCGGCCACAUCAAGCGGCCCAUGAACGCCUUCAUGGUGUGGUCCAAGAUCGAGCGGAGAAAGAUCAUGGAGCAGUCGCCGGACAUGCACAACGCCGAGAUCUCCAAGCGGCUCGGCAAGCGCUGGAAGAUGCUGAAGGACGGCGAGAAGAUCCCGUUCAUACGCGAGGCGGAGCGGCUCCGGCUCAAACACAUGGCCGACUACCCCGACUACAAGUACCGGCCCAAGAAGAAGCCCAAGCUGGACGGCGCCAAGUCCGCCUCGGCGGCGCCGUCGCCGGAGAAGUGCGGCAAAAAGACCCCCGGCAAGAAGUGCUCCAAGAUGAAAAAGAAGCCCUACGCGGACGAGUACCCGGCUUUUAAAGUCGCCAAGGUGGUGAAAAGCGAGCCGAGCGACGACGACGAUGACGACGACGACGACUACGAGGAGGACUAUAACCGCCAUCACCACCACCACCACCACCAUCACCACCACCACCACCGCAAGGAGGAGCGGCUGCGGCCGUGCAGCGUCGCCAAGGUGCCGGCCAGCCCCACGCUCAGCUCCUCGGCCGAGUCGGAGAGCAUGUACGAGGAGGUGAGAACCGGGAACAGACUCUUCUACAACAUCAAGAACAUCUCCAAGCAGGGCGCGUUGCACGCCGCUUCCUCACCAGCAUCCUCCCGGUCCGUCUCCACAUCCUCCUGCUCAUCCUCCUCCUCCUCAGGCGAGGACGCGGACGAUUUGCUCUUUGACUUCAGUUUGAAUUUCGCCCCCAGCGCCUCCGGCUCGGAGAAUUCAGGGAACCUGUCGCUGUCCCUUGUGGAUAAAGACCUGGACUCGUUCAGCGAGGGCAGCCUGGGCUCUCACUUUGAGUUCCCCGACUAUUGCACGCCUGAACUCAGUGAGAUGAUCGCGGGAGACUGGCUGGAGGCGAACUUUUCCGACCUGGUCUUUACAUACUGAUUUGAAGAAGAGAAGAAGAUGAAGAAGAAAAAAAAAAAAGAAAGAAAAAAAACAAAA